GUAUUGGGUUGUACUGAUUUUCUUGUCGAAUCUACGUUGCUGCUUCUAAGGAAGGUUGGCUUUAUUGGGUUGACUACCUUGUGACUUCUCCCUACUUCAUAGCACCCGGCUGAUAUGUUGGGAUGAUAAGCGCGAUUUUGCUUUUGGACGCUUCACUGCACGAGCCUUAUGAGGAAUUAUGUCUGACACUUCAUGUCGUUUGGAAUCUUUUUCCUGAGCUCGUCUCUGGGAUUAUUCGUAGAGCACUCCUGCCUCUUCAACCCCAAGCUUUGGUUUCCCUUCGUUUAGUUCGGAUUUGAUGCUUACCACUUGACUCUGCCAUCCAUUUCCGUGCGCUCUCUGGAUCCUGUUUAUUUGAACUUCCUAUCUGUUGUUUCCUGCACUUCUUCUCUGUGCUUUUUCCCCCCCGCUGCAGCGGUUGUUGAUUCACCAAGUGGACGUCCAUUGUCUUCUUUGAUUAUUUGAUUAUGUUUUGAAAUUUGAUUUGGCUUUCUUUUAGCAGUAAUCGGUGCUGCUUGUUGCGCUGACGAUUUGACUAACAUAUUUCUUUAAUCUGUACUGUUCUUCCAUUUUAUGUUUAUGUCCAUUAAAAAAGCUGCGGUAUUAUUCUCAAUAAUAACUAUAAAACAUCACCACAUAAAUCUUGAUGCUAGCGAUUCUUUAUAACGUUUAAGCAUCUGGUUUCUCCGGAGAAGGGAUUUUUCUGGGCUCGGAUUCUCUCGGGGAUGCUGUUACUUGACAUAGUCCUACCUUUCUAAGACUGAGCACAAGAGAGCCAGAGCAACGUUUGGGAUAAUGGGAGCCUCAAGCUCCAAGAUGGAGGAUGAUAAGGCACUUCAACUAUGCCGUGAAAGGAAGAAGUUUGUUAGACAAGCACUUGAUGGGCGAUGCUCAGUAGCAGCUGCUCAUGUGUCAUAUGUCCAGUCACUGAAAAAUACAGGAACAGCUUUGAGAAAAUUCAUAGAAACUGAAGCACCAAUUCAGUCUUCCUUGUAUGCUUCCACUAAUGCAACAACAGAUCCCAUUGGUUUAACUGAGAAGACUCUUUCACAAUUCCCUGCCUCUUUGCAAUCUGUGUCUCAGCGUUUUGAUGCAGUAGAAUCCUCCUCCUCAUCUCCCUCUUCUCCUGGCUCUAGUAAGAUCCAAGCACAACAUAUGAAAUUUGGCAGUUUCUCUUCUAGAACGGUUGAAGAGAACCCUCCCGCUCAUUCUGUAGGAAUAGGAACAUCAUCAGGCACACCACAAAAUACCAUACCUGGCUCAAAUGAAAGGAAUGAAAUGCCAACAUUUGAUUACUCUUCUCAUCCGGCUGGAAAUCAGCCCUGGGAUUACUUUGGUGUUUUUGAUCCUGUUGACCAUCAAUUUUCUUUUAUGGAAGGGAAGGGAGGGCAACAAGAAAUAGGGAUACCUGAUGAUAUAGCCAAACUAAAGGCAGAGGAAGGGAUUCCUAAUUUGCAAGAUGCUGAAGAGAAGCAUUCUUCUCAUGGAAAGGAAGAUUCUCUUGAUUCUGAAGAUGAAUUUGACGAUGACCCAGCCCCAAAUUCCUUGGUCCAAAGAUUUGAAAAUCUUAACAGAGUUAAUUACAAUGUUGCAGAUAAUGAAUCACUUGCCCCAACCAAGCCUCUGUCAGGGGAUCCUGAAUCUGAAGUUGAACUCAUGAACGGAGAGAAGGGCAAUUCCCCAAAUUUAUCACCACUGGAAACAAUAUCGACUGUAGCUUUAAUGCCAACUGAAACAAAUAAGUCAGUGGAGAAAGAAAAUCAUAGUGAAAAUAAAGUUGCUCCGAAGGACUUAUUUUCUAGCAUGAAAGAUAUUGAAUUUCUAUUUAUAAAAGCUUCAGAAUCUGGCACAGAGGUUCCAAAAAUGCUUGAAGCAAAUAAGUUGCAUUUCCGUCCAAUAUUCCCAGGAAAAGAAACAGAUAAAUCCGUGGCAUCUUUAAUCUUGAAGGCAUGUUUCUCAUGUGGGGAAGACCCCGGUCAAGUUCCAGAAGAACCUCCUCAAAACUCUAUUAAGUACUUAACUUGGCAUAGGACGGCAUCAUCUCGAUCUUCUUCUUCAAGGAACCCAUUAGGAGCAAACUCUAAAGACGAUGUGGAGAACAUCACAAGUAAUAUCUUUGAUAAUUUCUGCAUGAUCUCUGGCAGCCAUGCAUCAACGUUGGACAGACUCUAUGCAUGGGAAAAAAAGCUCUAUGACGAAGUCAAGGCUAGUGGGUUCAUAAGAAAAAAUAUGACAUGAAGUGUAAAAUCUUAAGACGCCUAGAAUUGAAGGGAAAAAGAGCUCCAAAAUUGAUAAAACUCGUGCUGUCAUCAAGGAUCUGCAUUCAAGAAUCACAGUUGCAAUUCACAGGAUAGACUCUAUAUCAAAAAGGAUUGAGGAAUUGCGGGACAAAGAGCUUCAGCCACAACUUGAGGAGUUGAUUGAAGGUUUAAGAAUGGGCGAAUGUGGGAGUCAUGUUUGAAUGCCACAAGCUUCAAUUUCAGAUCAUGUCAACUGCCUACAGUAACAGCGCGCGCUA